AUGCCUCAUAGUGUGGCAGAUCAGACCGAUAAACCCAUGAAGCGCUUGAACUGUGCCUCCAAGCACCGGGAAAUGAAUAACUGGGAAGGAAAAGACACAAUUGCAUAUCUUUCAGAAUCCUCCAAGGAGAAUUUUCUUAGUCUUCCGGAUGAAGCUCAUGCACGUUUGCAGCUUGCUAGUGCACAGCUCAACUCCCAAAAUUCAGCUGCCCAACGGCUUCUAGUUGGAAAAUUGCAGCCUCUCAAAAUAUCCGCUGUCGAACAGUAUGAGCUGGCUCGUUAUAGAAUUGAUUGGCCAUCUCCAACCGCCGAAAAGCAUGUUGCCGUUUUACCUCCUCGUCGCAAGCCUAGCAACACCGUGCUCGCUAGAAUUCGAUACAAUAAAACUAAAGAAGACUAUAUGGAAUACCUCUGGGCUCAAGUUCCCCGCUGGGAGAUAUCAAGCGGUCAUCUAAAGAGACGAGAAGCUACUCGAGUCAGACUCGUCAAAUACGCAGCCAAAGCCGUCAGGGAACGCAUGAAGGAAUUAGGCCCUGCAAACCUCUACGUUCACAGUGCCAUUACAGUGCUUUGGGAGUUUCCGUGCCGGUUUCGCGGUCCCCCUCGUCUGAGAUGGACCUCGUUGUUGUCACCAAGGAGGUCCCCUUCGACACUCGAUACUGAACUCCCCCAUAUUUUGGAGCAAGCCUACAUUUCGGCGGGAUAUAACGUGUACUUAGUUGGGGGUGAAUCGACCAUUCUCACUGUCUGGGAGAAACACAGCACCGAGUCUUCAGAAGCGAUUCCACUCUACAACAUCCACUUUUCGAGCGUUGCACUGAAAAUGCGCACUACCCACCUUUUGCGCUGCUACAGGGCUUGCGACGAUCGAGUUUACGAGUUGGGAGUUUUCAUCAAGCACUGGGCUCAUGCUCGCCAAAUCGACGACCCGAGAAACGGCACUCUGCCAUCAUUCUGCUACAUCUUAAUGCUCCUCCACUAUUUGAUGAACGUCGUGAAGCCGCCCGUUAUUCCAAAUCUACAGCUUUCAAAUAUUGGCCUCCGCAAUUUGGAAUGGGUUGAAGGCCACGAGACAUUUUUCUGGGAUAAUUUCGAAGAAAUCGCCAAAGCUUCCCGCAAAGGAAAACUAACUUGCAACCACCAGCCUGGUGCAGAGCUACUCCGCGGCUUUUUCACCUACUAUUCGCCCAAGGAGUAUAAUGGCAACUAUCGAUUUUCCCGGUUUCCUAAAUUCAAUUGGAAAUACCACGUUGUAUCGGUUCGUAGCCCUGGUCUGACCCUCAAAGAGCAGAGAAACUGGGACACGUUUAAUUUCCGCCCGGAUGGUACUCGAAGUUGGCACUUCCUCGCCAUCGAGGACCCCUUCAACCCGAACAAUAAUAUCACGAAAGACAUCAACGCGGAGACCGUGUAUCUCAUCAGAGAAGAAUUUGAACGCGUGAAUAUGAUCAUGAAUCAGGCGCGGUACAUUUCGGGAUUCGGCUGGGAGUGGGUUAACAGCAACGGCCUAGCCGGCGAGGACGUCUUUGAUGACCGGCUUGCUCCUAUUCUUGCGCUCCAAAACUGA